AUGCUGGCCAGCAGGUUCCAUGUGAGUGGCUAUCCCACCAUCAAGAUCCUGAAGAAGGGGCAGGCGGUGGACUACGAGGGCGCCAGGACCCAGACCGGAGAGCUACCUUCAGCAUUCCAUGCCACUCAAGACCCAGAGCACAGGACCAGGACCAUGUUACCACUGACUUUUGAGGACGUGGCCAUUUAUCUCUCAGAGCCAGAAUUCCAGCAUAUGCAGACUUGGCAGAAGAUGGUCUACAAGGGCACCCGCAGGAUCCAGAAGUUUCUAUGUCACAAGUUCUCCAGGUUCCCCAGGCGCCGCUGCAGCAGCCCAUACUCCUGCACCAGGAUCCGCAAUGCAUACUACCUUGCAUCAUACCAUGGGACAUGUGCCCAGUUGGAAGUGCGCUUCAGCCUGGGGACCCAGCUGCACAUCCACCAGCGCAAGCACAGAGACCCCAGGCGCUUCCCCUGCAGUGAGUGCAGACUCGCCUUUCCCUAUCGGUGCCGCCUCAAGAAGCACCUGUGCCUGCACAGCGGGGAGAGGCCUUUCCAGUGCCCCAAGAGCUUCUGCCUCAAGGGUACCCUGCGAAUACACCAGAUGCACAGCACGCAGAAGCCCUUCCCCUGCAGCCAGUGCGGCAAGAGCUUCAUUCGGCAGGCCCAUCUCACCAGGCACCUCAGCCUGCACAGUGGAGAGACGCAUGUGCAGUGUUCCAUCUGUGGCAAGAGCUUCCGAGCCAAGGCUGACAUGAAGACAUACCAGCUGCUGCACGGAGGGGAGAUGCCGUUCUCCUGCAAGUGCGGCAAGGGCUUCGCCAAGCGCUUCAAGCUGGUGGAACACAUUAGGACUCACAUCGGCAAGAAGCCUUUCCAGUGUCCCAAGUGCAACAAGGCUUUCCACUUGAAGACACAGCUGGUCGGCCACCAACGGGUACACACUGGGGAGAGACCUAAGUCCGACUCACUGUCCAUGUGA